UUUUUUUUAUUUUGGUCUUGUUUUAAUUGCAGGGUACGACACUUUAUGUUACGCUUGAACCAUGCCCUAUGUGUGCUGGAGCCAUCCUUCAAGCCCGGAUCGACACAAUUGUAUGGGGUGCUCCAAAUAAGCUACUUGGAGCUGAUGGCAGCUGGAUCAGACUUUUUCCUGAUGUGGGUGGAAGUGGAUCCGGGUUGGAUAAACCGCCCGCCCCUGUGCACCCGUUUCACCCAAAUAUGAUAAUAAGAAGAGGGGUAUUAUCGUCCGAAUGUGCGGAUGUAAUGCAGCAGUUUUUCCAGUUACGGAGAAAAAAGAAAGACAAGAAACCGGAAGCUGAAUCACCAUCUCCACCUCAACCUCAACCGUCAUGUCUUCCCAUCCCACACCAUCAUAAUUCAAAGUUGGUGACGAAAUUGCAUGAUGUCUUCGGCAUGAUGUUUUGUUUGUAAAUCAAAUCUUUGUGACUCGUUAUGAUCUCUUUGUAACCAGUUUUCAGCAAUGUUUUGGUUUGAUUUGUAAUUUGUUGUCUAAAAGUCUUUGGGUGAUUCUAAACCUUCCCUUGAUGUAGAUUUUUGUGUUAUUGUUUAA